AUUUUUAUUUCUACCUUGCAGAUGCUGGACAAGAUUCUCCUGCAGGCGACGCUGACGGUGCUCGCGAGCGCCUAUAGCCACCAGGUGCCCUCCCCCUUCCACCCUCUGCCUCUUGUCUAUCGCUACUCCUCCUUCCAAGCGCCGCCCACUGCUUUCCACGCCUACCCUAAUGCUUUCCACGCCUUCCCUAAUACUUUCGAAGCUCCGCCUACUUUCGAAGCCCCGCCUACUUUCGAAGCCCCGCCUCCUUUCCACGCUUUCCCUACUUUCCAAGCCCCGCCUACUUUGCAGGCAACACCUACUUUCUUGGACACGCCCCCUUACCCCUUUCCGCUGAGAGUUCAGGGCAGCAUCCGCUCUCCGUCUCACUACCAGAAGGUCUAUUCAAACCCGUGGCAGUUCCUUACGCCCGUGCCCAGGAGCGAGAGCCAGAAUCUGCCGUGUCCCAGCGAGGGAUUCUACGCCCAUCCCUCGAACUGCUCGCUGUUUUACAGGUGCGUCGACUACAUCGGCACCGGGGCGGCCUUCGCCAGGUACCUGUUCGCGUGCCCCUCCGGCCACCUCUUCGCCGAGGAGGCCAGCACCUGCAUCCCGGGCGAGUGCGGCGGCGAAGGCUCUGAGGCUCCGGCACCAGGAGAACCGGUAACCGACGCGCCUGCCGUGGUUGAACCAGCACCGACAGAGACGGUAUUACCGGGCUCUGUGGAACCGUCCACAGCAGAACCUGCCGUUCCCGAUUCCGUGGAACCGUCGACAGAAGCUCCAGUAGAACCUGCCGUUCCUGACUCCGUGGAACCAUCCACGGGGAAUCCAGUAGAACCUUCCGUAGAACCAUCCACAGAAGAGCCAGUAGAACCUUCCGUAGAACCAUCCACAGAAGAGCCAGUAGAACCUGCCGUUCCUAACCCCGUAGAACCAUCCACAGAAACGCCAGUAGAACCUACCGCCCCUGACUCCUUAGAACCGUCCACUGAAAAGCCAGAACCUUCCGUUCCCGACACGGUAGAACCUUCCACCGACUCUCCUGUCGAAGAAACGACUGGUUCGCCAGCGCCCGUGGACCCGUCAGCUGAGAACCAGGCGUGUACAAGACAGUUCGUCCAGCACCCGAAGUACUGUAACGUGUACUUCCGGUGCGACGAGCCCAUGACCCUGUACAUGUGCCCCGCCGGAACCGCCUUCGACCAGAGCCGCCAGAUGUGCCGCAUUAGUGCCCACGAUGAAGGACUUUGUGCAGGCUUGGAGAUCAUGCACACCCUCCUGCGGACGGCCUUACAUAACGGCCACUUCCUCCUCCUUCCUUCUCCCUUCCUGUUCUGAAACCACCGGCCCACAGCGAAGACGGGAAGAAGGAGGAGAGGAGACAGAGAAGACUCGAAUAAUUCUCUUCGUCCUGGGAGUGACGUGGCGGUCCGGUCACUCUAGAAAUCUUUGUGUUUUGUGGUGAGAAAGACGUGGCACUUGUAGUAGUUAUACAUUGUAUAUGAAGGGAUUAAUGUUAUAGCUAAUGAAGGAUGAGAAAUGAAACCUUGCGAAAUAAUGAACAUUCGUAAUUGUUUUCGUUGGAAGAGUCGUGUCUUCUCUGCAAUAUCCAAGGUGCCAUGUUAUCUGGUAGUGGAUUGUGUUCUUUUGAAAAGCAAUCUCACAUGGAUAAUGUUCUUGUUAUAAUGUUAUAUCUAUUACUAAGGUGGUAUAAUGCAGCUGAUUUUAUUUAUCUAUUUAUUUCUUAUCGCAGUUCCCUUAUUCCUCCUUACUAUAAUAAAUAAUUAACCAAGGGGACAUUCAGCUGUUAAAUACCCUAAUUAAUAUAUUUAUCUAACAUGUAAUUUAUAUUUUUAUGCAAUUAAAACCUGUUUCUAACAUGUAAUUUAUAUUUCUAUACAAUCAAAACCUGUCUCUAGAUAGGGAUGAACAAAAUGAACAAUAAAAGGUGCAAUAAAACUCA